AUGUCAGACAGAUAAGUAUGUAGCCUUAUUAAAAUUAAUAGAAAGCAAUUCGAGCCCAAUCAGCCAAAAAUCCUAGUUAAAAAAUAUCUUCUAACUAACCAUAUGGAAAUUCUGUUAAAGGAUUUAAAAUGUAACUUAAUUUAUUUUAAGAAGUGUGAAAAAGGUUAAAGUGAAUAAUUUGAUAGAAGAGAGACCAUAAAGUGGUUAGAAUGAUAUAAGGGCAAGAUAGAUUUAAUAAGAAACUGAUUUUUUUAGAAAUAAUAUGGAAGUUUUUGAUAAAGAAAGACUUUUUGAGCAUUUAUCAUAGGCUAAAACAUAAAUAAAUCACUUGAAGACAGAUAAUUAUUAAUUAAGGACUACAAUCUUAUAAAAAGAUGUAUUGCUAAUAAUAUAUUUGAUAGAAAACAAUAUAAAAAUAUGAGAGAAUCAUAGAGGAUUUUCAAAAUAAUGGUAAUUUGAAAAAUGUAUAAAUGAAAUUGGGAGUUGAGGUUUUUAUUUUAUAUUGAUAUCAAUAGACAUCACUUUUUCUUUAAAUGAAAAGACAAAUAAAAGAAUAAUAAAAUGAAUUGAGAGAAAAAGAAAUUACAAUUUAAAAUUUUAAGAAAAAUGCUAAAGUAAGCAAAUUCUAAGAACUUGAUGUAAAAUAUAUUAAAUAAUUAAGGCUGAAAUCAGAGAAGUAUAUGAAGAACUAUAAAGAUUAAGAGAAUUACUUAAAGAAAGAGAUGAAAUUCUAUAAUCAUAAUAAAAGUAUAUUUAUUUAUAUCAUAGUCAUGCUCAGGAAUAAACAUCAAAUAAUGAAUUUAUUAAAGACUUACAAUAAUAGAAUGAAACAUAUCUAAAGGAUAAUUAAGAAUUAGUUUAAAUUGUUAAGUAAAAAAUAAUUAUUGAUUAUAGACUAUAUGAAGAGAGGAAUAAUUAAUUAGAACAUUCUGUAUAACAAUAAUAGAAAUAAUUAAACAAAUAAGGCAGAGAUCUUUAGUUAUUAAAUUAAAAAUUACAAGUAUUCAAAAAGAGAGGAGCUAAUGGCUAAUAUUUAAUUAGUUAAGAAGAGAUUGAUAAGGAUAUAGAAGAGAGAACUAAAUUGAAUUAUUUAGUAGAAGAAUAAAAAGAGAAAAUAUAAAAAUUAGAAUAACAAUUAAAGAAAUUUUAAUCAGAUAAUAGAAAAUAAUUAGAAUAAAAAUAAGGUAGAAACUUAUAAUAAUAAUAAUCAUCAUCUAGUCCUAAAGAUUAAAAUAAUAAUUAUAAUACUUAAUAAUAAUAAAUAGCAUAGUUUUAAUAAUAAGAAUAAUUAAGAUAAAAUAAUAGUACAGAUUCUAUUCUUUUAGAUUAAGAAUUAGCAUAAUGUUAUGCUGAUGAAAUACGUUGUUAAUUGUAUUUAGAUAAUAUACCUUUUGCAAGAUUUAAGGAAGUAUUAAAUUCAAAUCAUUAUAGAAAUUAUCCACACUCAAUAAAGGAAGAUUAAAUGAAAAUGGAGUUGUUGAGUUUUUAAAGACUAAAUUAGAUAUGGAUUAAAUUAAAGCUUAAAAAUUUGCAAAAGCAUUACUUAAAAGUGAUGGAUAUGAUUAACCUAUUCAAAAAAUGAUAAGUGCAAAUAGAUUAAAAAAUAUGAUAUUGUCACUUAUAUAAGAAUAUAUCACUUAUGAUGGAUAAUCAAUAUAUUAAGAAGUUCGAAAAGUAUUUAUUUAUCUUAUUUAUAGACUUUACUAAAAAAUAAAGAAGAACUUACUAGAAGAUUUAAAUAGAAAUUUUAAAAUUAAGAAUACAUAAAUAUAAGAUAAUUUGAAUAAUUAAUUAUAGAAUCAUAAAUAAAUAUUACUGAAUUGUAAAGGGAUUAAUUAUUCAUUCACAUUUAUUAAGUAUAUAAAGACUUAGUAUAAUUAUAAUGGGAAUAAUUUUUUAGAGAUGAUUUUAAGGUAGAUCAAUUAAAAAAAUUGGAUAAUUAAUAAAAAUUGAAUUCUCCUCCAAAUACAUAAAAAUAAGAAAGUCCUAAUGAUUAUAUAAAAAUAUAAACAUAGAAUUCAGAUACUUCAAAAUAAGCAUAGAUAAGAGGUAAUGCUAGAAAUUCAUCUUAAAUUAUUGAUAAUGAUCCUAAUUAUUAAUCUGGAAAAAACAAUAAAAAGCAUGAUGAAGAAGAGGGAAAUUAUGAUGAUUAUUUUGAGAGAGAUGAGGAUAAUAAUUCUUAAACUAUAGGUAAGAUAGAAGAAUAAGAUAAAAAUGUGGAAGAAGAAUAUUAAGUAGAAUUUGAUGAUUAUUAAUUGAAGCCAUAAGAAGUUUAAGAAGUUUAAGAAGAUGAAGAAGAUGCAGCUAUCAAAAUUUAACUUGCUUAUAAAAAGAAAAAGUAAAAAGAAGAAGGUAAAAAGAUAUUAGAGGAGUAGAAAGAAAAGAAGAGAAAAUAUCUUGAAGAAAAAGAAAAGAAGAAGAAAUAGGAAUUAUAAUUAAAGAAAUAAUAAGAGGAGAAAAAACGAUAGGAGGAAGAGUAAAAGAAAUAUAUGGAAGAUUAAAAAAAGAAAUAAGAAGAAUUAAAAAGGUAAGAAGAAGAAUAAAGAUAAAAAUAAAUAGAAGAAGAAUAAAGAAAAGAAGAAGAAUAAUUUAGAAAAGAAGAAGAAGAAAAAGCAAUAUUAAUUUAAAAUGCAUAUAAAUAAAAAAAGUAGAAAGAAGAAGGUAAGAAAAUAUUGGAAUAGAAAAAAAAAGAAAAGGAAUAAUAUUUAGCUGAAUUAUAAGCAAAAAAAUAAUAAGAAGAAUUAGAAAGAUAAAAAUUAUUAAAAGAAUAAGAAGAAAAAGAUAGACUAUUAAAAGAAGAAGAGGAUGCUGCUUUGAAAAUAUAAAUAGCAUAUUAAAAAAAGAAAUAAAUUGCAGAAGCUAAAGCAUUAUUAGAAUAAAAAAAAAGAGAAAAAUUUGUUAAUGAUUAAAAAUAAAAAGAGGAAGAUAGAAUAAGAAGAUAGAAAGAGAGGGAAGAAAAAUUAAAGAAAGAAGAAGAUGAAAAUGCUCUAAAAAUUUAGAAAGCUAUGAAAGAUAAAAAGUAAACAGAUGAAACAAAAUAGAUGUUGGAAAGCAAAAGAAAUGAAAGAGAUUCAAUCUCUAAAAAUCAUAAAAAAGCUUCUAAGGAUAAAAAAGAAAAAAAUAAUAAUGAAGAUGAUUAUGAUUUUGAAUUUGAAUAAGAACUUGAUGAUUAAUUAGAAGUUAAAAAAGAAAUUAAAGCCAAAGAAGAAGAAAUUAAUAUGGCAGCAUCAAGAAUAUAAGGUGCUUAUAGACAUAAAAAAAAUAAAUCAGAAGGAAAAAAAUUAUUAGAAGAACUUAAAGAAUAAAAUAGAAUUGAAGAAUUAAAAAAAAAAGAAGAAGAUUUAAAAUUAAAAGAAUAAUAAGAACUUGAUGAAGUAGCUGUUAAAAUUCAAAAAGCAUAUAAAAAGAAAUAAUAAAAAGAAGAAGGAAAAAAGAUCUUAGAAGAUAAAAGAAAAGAAAGAGAAUUAGAAAAUUAAAAAUAAAAUAAUAAACCAGAAUUAAAGAAGUAAGUUUCAUAAGAAAUUUAAAAAGAGAAUGUAACUUAAGUUGUAAAAUAAGUUAAAGUUGAUGAUAUGGAUGGAUAUGGUGAUGAAAAAUUUGAAGAUGGUACUGAUCAUGAUAAAUUUACUAAUCCUGCCUUAGUUUAAGGUAAACCUUUGUAAAUUUAAGCUGAGGAGGAUGAAAAAUUACCUGAUGAUCCAGUGGCAGAACAAAUGGAAGAUAAGUUAUUUAACAGUGUUGGAAUAAUUGUAAGAAUUUCAUAAAUUUAAUUUAGUAUUAAUCUAUUAAUAAGGAAGAAGUAUCUGAUGCUGAAUAACUUUUAUGA